CCAGCUGUUGGAGGAGAAAGAGAGCGCAAAGCGGAGUUCGAAUAAAGACAGACGGUUAAUUAAUAUCACAUCACGGGCAAAAAGCAACUCCGCAGAACAGGAAAAGAUGUCGAAGUUUCUGGGCGUGCCGCUGAAGAAACCGUCGGAGGUGGAUGUGGUCAAGCCACUGAACAAUCUAAUACAAAGUACCUACAACGGGGCGACGGAGGAGGAGAAAAGCAAGUAUGCGGAGGCAGUAAACGAAUUUUCGAAACAACGCAAUACGGCGAUUUGGAAAUUCUUUGAGAAAUACGAGGCUUCACUGGAGAUUGUAUAUGCCUAUUAUGAUCAGAUCUGUGCGCUGGAGACAAAGAUUUCAGUUAGCGAACUGCAGAUACCCUUCAAGUGGAAGGAUGCCUUCGACAAGGGCUCCAUUUUCGGCGGCAAGAUCAGCCUGACCCACACCUCCCUGCUCUACGAGAAGGUAUGUGUCCUCUUCAACAUUGCCGCCCUUCAGAGCAGCAUCGCUGCUAAUCAGGCACUAGAUUCGGAUGAGGGGCUCAAGCUGGCCAUUAAGCUGCUCCAGCAGAGCGCCGGCAUCUUCCAGUACUUGAAGGGGGCCACGCCGGCAGCGGUGCCUUCGGAGCCCACGCCCGAUCUCAGCCAGGACACGCUGACCGUGCUUCAGGCUUUGAUGGUCGCUCAAGCCCAGGAGGUGUUCAUCUUGAAGGCCAUUAAAGAUAACAUGAAGGACCAGAUCAUCGCCAAGCUGUGCUGCCAGGCGGAGGAGUUCUACGCCGAUGUGCUGCGUGCAAUGCAAAAGGAGUCUGUUCGCAGUCUGUGGGAGAAGGAGUGGAUCCCGACAGUGGCUGGCAAGCAGGCCGGCUUCCAUGCCCUCACCCAACUGUACCAGAGUCUCGUGUGCCGUGCUUCCAAGAAAAUUGGCGAGGAGAUUGCCCGCUUGCGCAAUGCCAUUGAACUUUUCAAGGCGGCGCAAUCUCGCGGUGGAAACGAGACCUACUUGGACGAAUACUUCAGCCGUGCCAAGCGCAACCUGGCCGAGUCCACCAAGGACAAUGAGUUUAUUUACAACGAAAUUAUACCCGAUCUGAGCACGCUGCCCUCGCCGGGCAAGGCCCAGUUGGCCAAGCCGCUGCCCAUCGGUGUGCCUCUGGCAGCAAACUUUAAGGACAUCUUCUCCAGCCUCGUGCCCGUGGAGUUGCAUCGCGCCCUCACCGCCUCCGAUAUGCGCCGCAAUGAGAUCGUAAAUGUGGAGAUCAUGAAGCUGCGUGAGGCCACGCAGACUCUGAACGCAGUGCUGGCCAGCUUAAAUCUACCAGCCGCUGUAGAGACGGCUGAUGGCAACAGUGGUCUUCCGCCGUCACUGAAGGACAAGGCCCUUGAAGUGCGCCAAAAGGGCGGCAUUGAGAAUGUGCAGACGCUGCUCAAGGAUCUACCCGAGCUGCUAAACCGCAACCGCGAGAUCCUGGAUGAAACCGAACGACUUUUGGACGAGGAACGCGACUCCGACAACCAGUUGCGGACUCAGUUCAAGGAGCGCUGGACUCGCAUCGGCUCCGACAAGCUGACGGAGAUGUUCCGCACCAAUGCGAAGAAGUACCGCGAAGUCAUCACCAAUGCCAUUGAAGCCGACAAGGUGGUUCGCCAGAAGUUCGAGGCCAACCAAAAGGGCAUCCAACUGUUGUCCCUGCCACCCGAUCAAAUCCAGCAGUCCCUUCCCUCGGCCAGCGGCAGCGUGGAUCCCAACUGCUCCAGCGUGCAGCGUCUUAAGAAGCUGAUGGACGACGUGGAGACCAUCAAGGCGGAGCGCGAAGCCGUGGAGUCGGAACUGAAGGCGGCUACGUUCGACAUGAAGGACGAGUUUUUGAUUGCCCUGCAGAAGGAUGGUGCCAUCGAUGAGCCCGCUCUGUCAUUGGCUCGCAUUGGCCAGGUGCUCAAUCCCCUGCAGCAGCAGGUGCGCGAAAGCGUGGAGCGCCAGCAGUCGCUGGUUGCCGACAUCCAGAGCGCCCACGGUGCUUUUGUCUCGGAGACAGGCAGCUGCGGCAGUUCGCGGGACACCUUGUACCAGGAACUGGCCACCGCCUACGACAGCUACAUAGAGCUGUCCGGAAACCUACAGGAGGGCACCAAGUUCUACAACGACCUCACACAGCUGUUGGUCGUCUUUCAAAACAAGAUUAGCGACUUUGUGUUUGCCCGCAAAACGGAGAAGGAGGAGCUGCUCAAGGAUCUGACCACGGAGUCCAGUCGCCAGGCUUGUCCGGCCACUCCGGCACUGCCCUCGCACUACGCCUCCACCUCGGGCAGUGGCAGCGAUAUUCCACCUGGCUCCGCCCCGAGUGUGCCAUCAGUGGCAUCCACGGGCAACAUUCCGUAUCCGGCUCAGGUGCACGGCAUGCCUGUGCCGUAUGGAGCACAGCCAGGUGUGCCAUAUCCCGCCUAUGUACCCGCGCCCAUGCCACAGAGCUUCAAUCCAUACGCCACCUUGCCGUAUCCUGGCACAGCCUAUCAGUACCAGGGAUUCCCGCAGGGCCCUCAACCCGGCCACUAUGGCACCUACCCCGGCAGCUAUGCCAACCAGCAGGGCGGCUAUCCCAACCAGAAGCCACCGGGCUGGUAAACCAUUAACCAUAAACUUAUCAAGUUCAUGUCCACAAGUGCACAGCAUGUUCCGCCCAAGGGUCAAUCGCAUGGCAGAGCCUCGGUUGAGUCUGGUUGGAUGGAUGGAUGGAGAGGCAAGAUGGGAUGGUAUUCGGCAUUUAAUGCUCCGUGUUCUGGUUCUGUUUGAAAAUUGUAUCAUACAUGUUGAUGGCUUACUGGAUUUUAAUCUCAUAUAUGCAACAAUAUUAUCACCUAUCACAGUAAAGUGCUUUCCCUAGA